AUGACGACUCCACCACAACGCUCCUCCCUUCCGACUCGACUAAAUGUCUUUAUGGCAAACAGUCGAGUCGGGAAGCGUUUCAAGCUCACCGAGAGGAAGACCACCUUUACGACCGAGGUUCUAGCUGGGACAGCCACGUUCCUUACCAUGGCCUACAUCCUAGCCGUCAACGCCAGCAUCCUUGCUGACUCAGGUGGCACAUGCAGUGUCUCAGAUUGCAUCCCCCUCUGUUCCAACCCUACGAUCCCUCUUGCAAACUGCAGUUCCCCGAGUUACCGAAUCAUCAAACCCGACGAAUCCUGUAAAUUCACUCCUGUUAACCCUGGCUAUGCAGACUGCCUACAAAAGAUACGUAAAGAUCUUAUUGUAGCCACUGUAGCUUCUUCUUUAAUAGGAUGUCUCAUUAUGGGUGUAUUAGCUAAUCUUCCUCUAGCUUUGGCACCUGGUAUGGGCACCAAUGCUUAUUUUGCUUAUACAGUCGUGGGGUUUCAUGGGUCAGGCAACGUACCAUACAAAAGUGCCUUAACGGCUAUUUUCAUUGAAGGCCUGGUUUUUCUCUUUAUUUCUUCUUUUGGGCUACGAGCUAAGCUAGCUAAACUUGUGCCAAAACCCGUCCGGAUCAGUAGCUCAGCAGGAAUUGGCUUGUUCCUUGCUUUUAUUGGGCUACAAAAUAAUCAAGGUAUUGGUCUUGUUGGGUAUAGUUCAUCAACAUUGAUCACAAUUGCAGCCUGUCCAAGAUCUUCCCGUGCAAUGUUAGCCCCCGUUGUAACGGCGGCUAACGGCACCGUUAGUUUGAUCCAAAAUGGUACCGUGUCGAGCGACAUCAUGUGUCUCAAUGGGAGGAUGGAGAGCCCAACAUUUUGGCUUGGCAUUCUUGGUUUUGUCAUAAUUGCAUAUUGCUUAGUCAAAAAUGUUAAAGGUGCUAUGAUUUAUGGUAUAGUUAUCGUGACAGUGAUUUCGUGGUUCCGUAACACGGCAGUAACGGCGUUUCCUUACACGGAGGCAGGGAAUUCUUCUUAUGAAUAUUUUAAGAAGGUGGUUGAUGUGCAUGUGAUAGAGAAAACAGCUGGGGCCUUGAGUUUUAACGGCAUGAAUAAAGGGAGUUUCUGGGAAGCAUUGAUCACAUUUUUAUACGUUGACAUACUUGAUACCACCGGGACAUUAUAUUCAAUGGCCAACUUUGCCGGGCUCACUGACGUUAAUGGAGAUUUUGAAGGUCAAUACUUUGCAUUCAUGUCGGAUGCUACAUCAAUUGUCGUGGGAUCACUUCUCGGCACCUCUCCGGUGACCACAUUUGUGGAAUCAUCAACCGGGAUCAGAGAAGGUGGACGGACAGGCCUAACAGCAUUGACCGUGGCAGCAUAUUUCUUUAUGGCAUUUUUCUUCACGCCGUUAUUGGCGUCGAUUCCAGCGUGGGCGGUAGGGCCACCGUUGAUUUUGGUUGGAGUUUUGAUGAUGAGAGCUGUGGUGGAGAUUCAAUGGGAUGAUAUGAGGCAAGCCAUCCCUGCCUUUGUUACAAUUAUACUCAUGCCAUUGGCAUAUUCUAUCGCAUAUGGUCUCAUAGGAGGUAUUGGUACUUAUAUUAUCUUACAUCUUUGGGACUGGGGUGAGGCCUUCUUGGUAAAAAAAGGGCUUCUCAAAGGAAUGAAAGAAGAUCAUUUGCUGAAUGAAGAAACAAAUGGAAAUGGUCGUGAUAGUAAAGUACUUGAACUAAUUAAUUAG